UUUAUCUUCGCCCUGGCUUUUUCUGGCUCUGUGGGAAAAUGAUAAAUGUCUGGCUAGCAUUCAAAAAGAAAAUCCUCGCCAACACUCGGAAAACUUCCUCGCCCAUUUGUGGCAGAUUUGCGAAAAAACCAAUCAUAAAUUAAGAGAGAUAAAUGAGAUUUAUUUUACUUCCCAACCCAGCGGACAAACUGGACUAAGAGUUAGUUUGGCUUUUCUUUCCACCCUUCAAAUCCUUAAUCCCAAAAUUAAAGUGUAUUAUAUAAGCACAUUAUUAUUACAAGCCGGAACCAAAAAUUGUCUUAGUUUAUUAACUAUUGAUAGCCGCGGCAGUAAAUAUCAUGUAGCAGUUUAUCAAAACAAAAAAUGUUUAUUAACCAGCCAAAUUGUCCGCCAAGAAGAAUUAGCAAAAAUAGGGGAAAAGUUUCCUGAUUUCUUAAUUUUAAAAGAUUUGCGGGGAGUGGAUUUUUUCACUAAUUUUCAAAAAUUAAAAG